GGUCCGUUACUUAUUACACGCGGGCAUUCGGGGAAUGAUUGCAGCAGACAUCACAACUGUGAAAUCUAAGACACAGCUCAAAAGAAGCCAUUAUAUUUCGUUCGCACAUUUUUCGUUUACACGACUCCUAGAGAUAGCGGAUCGUCUACUAUGGACGACCGUGUAAUUCAAAAUGGAAUUUUGUUUUCCAUUGCUCAAGCAAUCGGUGCACCCGAACAAGCACUUAGAUUGUUGGUGUCAAUACUUUUAGGAUAUCCUAUUGCUCUCUUCAAUUGCUUCUACCUCCGUCACAAAUCUGCCAUUGUACAACAUCUUUUUUUUACCAUUACUGGAAUCUCUAUUGGAUUUUUCAACUUUGGAUGGGAUAUUGGCCACUCAUUUGGAUGUGUGCUGGUGCAGUACUUACUCAUAAAAAUUUUGUCUGGGACAAGAAUUUGUGUUGCACUUUCUUUCACAUUUCACAUGACCUACCUGCUACUUGGAUACUACCAAACUGGCACUGAUACUUAUGAUAUUAAAUGGAGCAUGCCACAUUGUGUCCUGACUUUGCGCCUGAUUGGCCUUUGCUUGGACUAUUACGAUGGCCGUAAAAAACCCGAUCAAUUAAAUGCUCAUCAGAAAAAAAUGGCUUUGGUGGAGGUUCCUUCGCUUUUGGAGAUGUGCGGUCAUGUCUACUUCCCCGGGGGUUUUCUUGUUGGACCCCAAUUUUCAAUGAAACGAUACCUAGACUUCACCAACAACGUUUAUGAAAAGGAAAGUGGUGACAUAAUGCAGUGCAUUAAGCCUGGCCUGAUUCGUGCUGGCUUAGGUUUCUUUUACUUGGCUCUUUACCAAGUCGCAAGCAACUUUAUUUCUGACGCAGUAAUCACCAGUGAGACCUUCUACGAGCACACAUUUAUUAUCCGCGUCGUGUUAGUGGGCUUGUGGGCAAAGAUUAGCCUGUACAAAUAUAUCUCAUGCUGGCUGCUGACCGAGGGUGUUUGUACUAUGAGCGGACUAACCUACAACGGCAAGGACGACAAAGGUCGUCACCUGUGGAAUGGAUGCGCAAACGUCAAACUUCGUGUUUUUGAGAACGCGACUCGUUUUGGCCAUUUGAUUCAAUCAUUCAACUUAAACACUAACGCUUGGGUUGCCGAAUACAUUUACAAACGUUUGCGGUUUCUUGGCAAUCGAUCCUUGUCGCAAGCCAUUGCUUUAUUCUUUUUGGCCGCGUGGCACGGCUUGCAUAUGGGCUACUAUGUGUGUUUCUUCAUGGAGCUAAUAGUUAUGCUCUUUGAAAAGGAUAUGGAAGUGUUAGCAGCAAAAAAUCCUGCUAUUCAUAAAGUGUUUAACAAUCCUACGUUGGCACCUGUUCGGUGGGUGAUAGGCAAACUCUACGUGUUUUGCUUUAUGGGGUACUGCCUCGCGCCGUUCACGUUUUUCUCAGACUAUUGGUCCAUCUAUGGGUCGCUCUAUUACAUGGGCUUUGUUGUAUUCCUUGGAUGGCGAUUCAUUGCCCCGUUCCUACUGCCUCGGCUUAUACCAAGAUCGCCGCGCAGUGCACCUCCUAGUGAAGAAAAGGCACCCGAAGAGCUUGAUCAACUUAAGAAGAAACAAUAGUGUUUCAUCUUAGCAAGCGAUUCGUGCACCUGAUUCUCUUUUGUUUUUGUUGUUUUCUGUUGUGUAGUAAUGUUAAUCGUAAUGUAAGAAAAACAAAAUUCUUAGUGUGUUUGAGUUAACAAGUCUCAAUACAUGCUUGAUUAGACUUGAA